CCCCAUAUGGAACGCCCAGGCUAGGACACGGGUUAACGCCGAAGCCCUGGAACAGCUUAUUGACCGGUACUCCUUGCAUAUUAACAAUACCCCAGGGGAGGCUACCCGCCAUAAACUAACACCAGGCCUCUCUAUAAUCGACCUAGCCCUAAGUUCGCAGGCCCUCGGCCCCCUAGAAGCCUGGGAAAUCGAUACAGAUAAGCCUACAACGUCAGACCACGAGCUUAUUAUUCUGGGCUGGGAGGCCCUGGAGGAGCCACCCCUAGAAGGGGCUUCGGGGGAA